AUGGGUCUGGGCAAGGUUGGAGUCUCUGCAUGUCAACGUGGCAUGGGUCUGGGCGAGGUUGGAGUCUCUGCAUGGCUCUAUGAUAACAAGAGUGGACAGUCUCGAAGCUAUGGCAUGAGGGAGCAGCUAUGGCUCGAAGCUAGGGCACGAAGCUAUCACACUUUGCAGCUCAAAUCAUGCUGCAAUAAUACAGCUAUUACAGCUGCAUGCAUGAGGUCUCCUGAGCAGAUUAAAAUUGAGGAUGAAGAACUUAAGCUCGGUGAAUUGUCGCACGUUGUUGUUUCUUCGGCAGAGGCAGCUAAAGAAGUGUUGAACACGCAUGAUAUAAAGUUUGCCAACAGGCCUUAUCUCCUUGCUGCAGAAAUCAUACUGUAUGAUGGUUCGGAUAUCGCUUUUGCUCCCUACGGAGCUUCUUGGAGGCAGCUUCGAAAGUUUUGCACAUUGGAGCUGUUGAGUAAGCAACGUGUGCAAUCAUUCCGACCGAUCAGAGAAAAGGAGGUAUCGAAUUUGAAAGUUACGCAACUCGGAUCCGGUUUUAGUAUCGUCGAUAUGUUUCCUUCCGUCAAAUUACUUCAUGUGAUCACAGGGAUGAGAGCUAAACUCGAGAGGUUGCACCACGAUCUAGACGCGAUGCUCGAAAGCAUCAUCGAAGAACACAGAGCUUAUAACGCGAGAUCGAAGAAGACUGACGAUGAAAUAGAUGAUCUAGUUGAUGUUCUCUUGAAUCUGCAGGAUCAUGGAGGCAUCGAAGCUCCCUUAACAAAGGACAACAUCAAAGCUGUUAUCUUGGAACUUCUCCUGGAUGGAACCGAGUCAUCUUCGGUUAUAAUAGAAUGGGCCAUGUCGGAAAUAAUUAAAAACCCUACAAUCUUGAAGAAAGCACAAACCGAGGUAAGACAAGUGUAUGAUAGAGCAGGGAAUGUGGAUGAAUCGAAGCUUGACGAAUUGAAGUAUUUUAAACUAGUGGUUAAGGAGACUCUAAGAUUACAUCCUCCUGGACCUUUGCUACUUCCAAGAGAAAACAAUGAGAAAUGUGAGAUCAAUGGGUAUGAAAUACCAGCCAAGACAAAAGUGAUCGUUAAUGCAUGGAAAAUUGCAAGAGAUCCCAAGUAUUGGGAUGAAGCUGAGAGGUUCAAUCCAGAGAGAUUCAUCAACAGUUUAGUGGACUAUAAAGGGACCAACUUCGAGUAUAUUCCCUUUGGUGCUGGAAGAAGAAUUUGUCCUGGCAUGUCAUACGGUAUGGUUAUUGUUGAGCUCUGCCUUGCACAGUUGUUUCAUUUUGAUUGGGAACUCCCUAAUGGGAUCAAAAAUGAGGAUCUUGACAUGUCCGAGUCCUUUGGUGUCUCCUUUAGAAGAAAAACAAAUCUGCAUCUCAUUCCCAUCCCUUACUCUCCACCAUCUGUUCACUAG